UAGACCGGAAGUAGUACAGAAACACAUGCAGACAAAAUUGCUGUUCUCAGAACUGAAUAGCAAUGUAAAAAUACAAGUCAGAGACAUGUUUCAGCUGUAUUUAAAGCUUUAAAGAGAAACUAAACAGUAACUUGUAAAGAUGGAGACUGCUGCCCUGGUGGCUCCUAUCACAGGUUUGGAGUUGUUUCAGGAUCAGUUUCUGCUGACAGGUGAAGGACCAGUCUUGUCCGUGUACAGUCUCCUGCCCCGUCCAAAUGUUGGUGCCUCGCUGAGUGUCCUGCAAGGUUACAGAAUCCAUGGGAUCAGAGUGAGGAGCCGGGACACAGUGCCAACACAGAGCUCCACCGCCUCAGAGAAGAACUCUGCCUCUACAAGCAACUUCUACGACCUCGCCAUAUUUGGAGGAAAGGCAGUGAGGCUCGUCAGGCUUCAUUUAGAGUGCCAGGAUGCGGAGACUCUUCGCUUGGAGGCCCUGGGGCCCCUGUUGGACCUCAGGGACUGGGCCCUAGAUGUCCGCUGGCUCUCCUCAGACAAGCAGUCCCUGCUCUGUGUCGCUGUUGCUCAUAACGGUGCUCUUCUCCUGGACUCUACCACAGGGAGCACCCUGGUUCAGUGCUCCUGCCUGGAGGGCUGUCUGCUGUACUCUGCCCUUCUUCUGGUGCAUGACUCUUGGGCGGAUACCGUCUUGGUUGGUGGGACUGUUUUCAAUCAGAUCAUCAUCUGGAAGCCUGGUCGGGGUGAUGAAAUGAUCAAUUCUGGUCACAAGGCUCCAAUUGAGUGCCGACUGUUGGGUCACAGCGGGGUCAUCUUCAGCAUCUCUUACCUCCAGGAGAACGGGUACCUCGCAUCGGCGUCAGAUGACCGCAGCAUUCGGGUUUGGGGUGUCGGUGCCUUGGGCGGCCCUGGAGGGAAAUGUGGAGAACCUAACCCGACGUGUUUAAGGGUCCUGUACGGCCACCAGGCCAGAGUGUUCUCGGUCCGUCUCUCAGGCAGGUACGCGUUCAGCGCAGGGGAGGAUGGCGCAUGUUUAGUCUGGGACUUGUUAGGAGGGGGAAAGGUGAUUCGCACACUGAAGGGACACCGCGCGGGCGGGGUGCGUUCCCUAGCGGUCAGUGGGGGAACAGAAGAUGGUGAGAGAUGGGUGGCCACAGGAGGAGCAGAUGGAGGGGUUAGGCUGUGGAAAGUAGGAGAUAGUGAGGAGAAAGAGAGCCUAGAAGAGAAACUAACAGACCUGAAGUUUCCAGAUGCUGCUCUUCCGAAAGUGGUUUGUCUAGUGGGAGGAGAAGAGGAAAAGACUUACUGGAGUCAGUUUUUGGUUUGUACUGACAGAGGGACAGUUUGCCAGUACAGCAGUGGGAGCUGGGAGACGAUAUGGGAAGGCCCAGCUGAGUUUUCAUCAUAUUGUGUGAUGGAGACAGUGACUGUGUUAGUGAGAAAUGCAGCUAUCUUGGUUACAUUGUGUGCUGUUGGGAACAUCAGCGGCUCCAUCCAGGUGUUUCCCACUUCCCAUCCUCUGUCUGGUGUUCGUCUUUCAGGCAGACCAGGCAAGAUCCAUAGUAUCGUAUGGAAAAAGGAAACGGAUAAUUUGUAUUUACUCGCAUCAGGUGCCGAAGGAUUUGUCUGUCGCUGGUGUGUGGAGGUAAAUAUGACUGUAAACUGCUCAUUAGUCAUAAGUGUGGAACCUCUUCCACCUUUUCUCCUCCCUCUCUGCUCCAAGCGCUGGCUCACAGCCGCCGUUCGCCUCCGGCUUCACUCCAACAAGAUGCUGUGGGUGUGUGGAGACAGGAGAGGGUCACUGCUGUUGUAUCAGGAAGAAGAAAACGUUGAGCUGAACCAAACCGAUCAUGAGAAACUCGGUGAAGGCUCACAGAGGAAAGAGGAAGAAGGGCAUGACUCUACACAUCAGCCUCUAAGCUGUCUGUUCGGCGUGCACGGGAAACACGGCGUGACCUCGGUGUGCGAAUACCAGGGGUUGCUUUACAGCACCGGGAAGGAUGGCUGUGUGAGGAUCUUCAGGACUCAGCAUGAAGACGGCGAGUUUCGGCUGGAGGUGCUCAGAGUCCAACGGGCCUGCCGGGGCAUGGAGUGGCUGGAGAGAGUCUUCAUUCUUGAGUCUGAAAUCAAGAAAGGAGAGGAACCGGAAAAUGCGAUCGGAGAGGAGCCAAGGGAGGCCAGAUUCGUCAUCGCCGGCUUCCACGCUGUCCACUUUGUGGUGUGGGAUCCUGUGAGACAGGAGAGGCUGAUGGCAGUGGCCUGUGGUGGCGGGCAUCGCUCCUGGAGUCUCUGGCCUUCGCACACAGGGGUUUGGCCCGGACGGGGAGCUUUGGUCUUCAUCAAGCAGGGGGCCGUCCUGACUUCCCAGCCCCCAGGGGAGAUGCUCAGCUGUGCUGGGGACGCAGGGAGAACUGGAGGAUGGAGCUUGAGAGAGGGCAUACAUGGCAGGGGGAUCUGGUGUGUGUGCAGGCUGGGAAGGAUAGAAGAGACUGGAAUUGACUCCCACGCACGUACAGGAAGCAGUAAAUCAUAUUGGGAGGUAGUGGUGACAGGAGGGGAGGACACUAGCUUAGCGGUUCUGGCUAUAAACCCAGUUUCUGGGAUCAUCAAGGUUCUCUCGGUUCUUACCGACCACAUAUCAGGCGUGCGAACAGCAACGGCGAUAACUCGGCCACAGGGAGACACUCUCUCCUCCCUGGUACUGUCCGCCGGAGGCCGGGCUCAGAUUCAGUGUAAUCGGCUGCUGGUCGCCUGGGACAGGCAGAGACUGGCUCCUUAUUGUCAGGUGAUCCAGGUAGCGAGCCACCGAUUGGACGCGCAGUGGGAGAAGAAGCGGAAUCGACACAAAACUGUGAAAAUGGACCCAGAGUCAAGGUACAUGUCCAUAGAGGUUCUGCAGGAAGAGACGGGCUGCGUCCUCGUGGCUCUGUCCUGCAGUGACGGGGCGCUCAGAUUGUUUUCUGUCAAUGAAGGUGAAAAUCAGAUCGACCUGCUGUGGGAGACGUUUUACCACCAGCGCUGUGUUCUCUGUGUCGCCACUUGCAGCCUGCAGGACGACAAAGGCAGCAGGUCCAGGCUCCUGCUCAGCGCAGCCACAGACGGAAACAUCGCAGUGUGGCGUUUGACUGAAAGUCUGUCCGUACCGGCCCAGAAUUCAAUCCCCUGCCUCGUCAUCCCCGCCCACCAGAGCGGCAUCAACUCAUUGGCUGUUUGGGUGGAGAUACUGGGACAACAAGAGGACGGUUGCCUGGUAACAGUUGCGAGCGGAGGAGAUGACGGGCAGCUGACGGUGUCCACAGUGAGGGCGCAGCACCCAGAAGACGGGGAGCUUGUGGGGAGCCGGGGGUUUUCUCAGAUAAGUGAUGAUCAUGCCGCGCAGGAUAAUCCUUCCAACCAGUUUCAGCUUCGUUUGCACUCCCAGUUCAGCAUCCCGCUGGCUCACGCUGCCUCCCUCACCGCCCUGAAGCUCCUGAGCCCCGGCCUCCUGGUUUCCACCUCCUCUGAUCAGAGGGUUUGUCUGUGGAGAGUCAGCGGUACCGACAUCAGCCACAACGGGGCGCUGUGCUCCCACGUUGCAGAUGCCACGGGGCUCGCCGUGUGGGAGGAGGAGGAAGAAGUGGAUGAAAUGAUGGGGUCUGAGACUGAGCGGGUGAAUGCAGUUUUGAAGGAAAUAGUUGACCCAGUUUGUAAGACCAGCGAAGAGGAAAAGACAACCGAUGAUCCGAGGAAUCCGGCGGAGGACGGAGACACCAGCACAGCUUCCUGUGAGGAGAGGAAGAAGACGGCGAAGGUGGGAUGGAGCCUGGUCUGCGGCCAGGGCCUCCAGCUUCUGCGACUCAGGAACGCUGGGAUGGAUGCAGAGACGUGGAAAGAGAAACAGUAACUUCGGAAUUAGAAGCCAAAUAUGCAGUCAGAGGAUCAAAGCAGUCCAUAAUUUAUUUUUAAAAGACUUUUGUUGAUAUAUUUAUCUUGACUGGUGUUUUAUAAAUCAAACCAUUUUUAAUUAAAGGUCACCAAUUUUCCAGA